AUGGAGGCGUCGGUUCAAUUGAGCAGGCAAUCUUCUGAUGAGCAAGAGGAGGUCAUCUCAGGAAAAAGAAACCGGAGAUCAAGCUCCUCAAGUGCGAAGAAAUCUAGAAUACAUACCUUGGAAGAGCGCCAAGAAAGAAUUGAAUAUCUGCUAGAAGAACUUAUCGAUCAAAGACGCGUUGGCGAAACCCCUUCAGAAGAUGACCAAGACGAGAAUGAGGAAAGAGAGACGAUGGCCAAUAGCGAAUCGGACAUAGAGUCAGGCACUGCUACUUCUACGAAACAUGUGUGGCAAGCACCUCCUUUAUCAAUGGAAAACGAAGAUAUCACUUUUCAUUUCAAACCAGCUACAAAACAGCUCGAUCCGAUAAUACCUGAGCUGGAUGAAGCCUUGAAGACAGAUGCCAUUAAUUGUCAAUGCCUUAAGACUUCUGCUUGGAAUAAAAUUCGUUAUGUGGAGGCUCAAAAAAGGUUACAAGCAAGUGGUAUCUUCUCUCAACUUAAGCGAAAGGCAUUAGUGGAAAAAAUGCAGGAAAUAAUUAAGGAGCACCCAGAAGUUACGAAUGAUUUGAAAGAAACUUUUUCAUUGCCUGACGCAAAUUUUCGAAACAUCUCAGACAAUCUGCUUCAAUAUGUUUGUGGUAAAAGGGCGGAGAUCAUAGAGGCUAGGCGCAAGUUAUACGAGCCAAAUAACAGCAUUACUGCUCAGCUGAUGAGAGAAAUACCCCCCUCAGAGACCCAUCUCUUUGAUGAACAGAAAUUAGAGACCCUUUUAUCAAACCCACCGAAAUCGACUUUUCCAUCCUACAGACAUAGAAAUCCGUUCUCAUCCAAACAUCUAGAAGAAGGAAGAACUCGCAAAGAACCCAACAAGAUGUCUUCAAAAGCUAGAUUUGAGAAACCAAUGUUCAAGAAAAAGCCGAGGCCCCAAUCCAAGACUAGCCAUAAAUUUGACCGUCAACGAGAUUCUGGCAACAAAAAGUCAUCUGGUACCAGGUUUCGUCGCCCCUGA